UGUCAAUUCCUUGCAAUUCCCAGCUUACGCUUACAUAGCUACAAAAGGUUAGUAGAAGCUUCCAAACUCCCAAACUCCGACGGAAAAGCUUGCCAUUAGUUUCGCCGCUAGAUUUCCCAAAACGAUAUCAGCAUCUAUUUCCUUACCAAUCAAUUUUCAUGUUCCUUUAAACUUCCGUCACCACCGAACAAUAUUGCGCAAUUGGAGUCUCCCAGCUCUACCAACCUACUAUGAUCUUUGUCAUCUGAGAUUCAAUUUAAGGGUGGCCAUGGGAUUCUGUGACCAUUCCCAACAGGUUCUCCAAUCAACCGGGUCCUUUACGGGCUACAGACCUCUCCAAGAGCUCGGAAAGGGUUAUCUCAGCGCGACGAAAGAGUUCAAACAACCAUUAUGCGGCAAUGAAGAAGGAUGGGGACCUUUGAGCCCCUUUAGAUAUGAUUUUACACCGUGCUUCAUCGACGUGUGGGUUUUUGCUGUUGCUGCCUUUGGCAUUCUUUGCGGAGCUUUAGCUAUAUGGUAUGUUUUACAGAAGCAGAAACCCACCGGAGCUUCUAAGGAUUUGCAGUUCUGGGUCAAGGAGUCACUUCUCGUUGUCAUUAUCGCCGAUGUUGCCGCCCAGCUCGGUAUUCAGAUUAUAAGCUACCCAGGAAUAUGGCACGGCGAUUUCCGAGUUCUCACAACCUUCCUUACUCUCAUUUCCCUUGGCGUCAUCUUCACGAUUCAAUGGCUUGAACACGAUCGCACGAGAAACGCUAAUGGCGUCGUGCUGUUCUACUGGCUGCUCCUCUUAAUCGCGUACGCUGUAAAGUUAAGAUCUUUAAUAUCACAACAAAUCUACGAUAAGAAUCUUGCUUACUUCGUAACGUAUACUGUCGGGUUUGGUCUUUCGGCAAUUGAAUUCGCCGUCGAAUGGCUUUGGCCCCAAAAACGCAGCGCGUACGAGGCGUUAGUUGAUGAGGAAGGAGAGGAGUGCCCAGUGGAAUAUUCGACAGUAUUUUCGCGCCUCACUUUCUCGUGGAUGACACCUCUGAUGAAACAUGGAUAUAAACAAUUUCUCACUGAAGAAGAUCUUUGGGGACUGUCCCCAAGCGAUAAGACUUCUGCGACAGGAGAUAGGUUUGAGAGAGCAUGGAAAUAUCAAUUGGAGCAUAAGAAGCGUCCGUCUCUAUGGAUAGCUUUGUUCCAUGCCUAUGGUGGACCCUACAUGGGUGCUACUAUCUUCAAAGUUGUCAAUGAUCUAGCAGCUUUCUCUCAGCCUCAGCUUCUACGUUAUCUUAUUAGCUUCGUGGACUCUUAUAGUGAAGGAAAGGUGCCUCAGCCCGCUGUAAAAGGUGCCGCCAUCGCCAUUGCUAUGUUCUUCGUCGCAUGCUUGCAGACUAGUAUGAUUCAUCAAUAUUUCCAGCUUGCCUUCGUCACUGGCAUGCGAAUCAAGUCAGGUUUGGCGUCCGCUAUCUACAAGAAAUCACUAAAGCUCUCAAACGAAGGCAGAUCUUCGAAAACGACUGGUGAUAUUGUUAAUUAUAUGGCUGUCGAUGCACAACGUCUACAGGAUCUAACCCAAUUCGCGCAACAGCUUUGGUCAGCUCCAUUCCAGAUCACCAUCUGUAUGAUCUCGUUAUAUCAACUUGUAGGAUGGUCUAUGCUUUCUGGUAUCGGUGUGAUGAUUAUCAUGAUCCCCAUCAAUGGUUUUAUCGCAAGGUUCAUGAAGCGCUUACAGAAGACUCAAAUGAAAAAUAAGGAUGCAAGAAGCCGUUUAAUUGCCGAGAUUAUCAACAACAUGAAAAGCAUCAAGCUCUAUGCUUGGAGCGGAGCUUUCAUGAACAAACUCAACUACGUCAGAAAUGAUCUGGAGCUUAAAAAUCUUCGUAAAAUUGGUGCUGGACAGGCAAUCGCAAAUUUCACCUGGUCCACCACACCGUUCUUGGUGUCAUGCUCGACCUUUGCCGUCUUCGUAUGGACGCAUGACGUCCCAUUGACUACCGAGAUCGUGUUCCCUGCCCUUGCGUUAUUCAAUCUACUGACUUUCCCUCUCGCUGUCUUACCUAUGGUCAUUACUUCUAUCAUCGAAGCUAGCGUCGCAGUGGGCCGUUUGACAGAAUACCUCGCAGCCGAGGAAGUUCAACCGGAUGCCGUCAUCGUUGGGUCGGCAGUUGAAGAUCGUGGAGACGAAGCCGUCAUUAUCCGAAACGGAACUUUCUCGUGGAACCGCCACGAAUCUAAGGACGUCCUCAAGGAUAUCAACUUCAGCAGUCGUAAGGGUGAGCUCACAUGCAUAGUCGGCAGAGUCGGAUCAGGAAAGUCAUCUCUUCUGCAGAGUGUUCUUGGUGACUUAUGGAAAGUCGAAGGUAGUGUGCGUGUUCAUGGCACAGUAGCAUAUGUUGCCCAGCAGCCGUGGAUUAUGAAUGCGACUGUGAAGGAGAAUAUUAUCUUCGGCCACCGAUACGAGUCAAACUUCUAUGAACAGACUGUCAAGGCAUGCGCCCUCCUUUCUGAUUUCACACAGCUACCUGACGGCGAUGACACUGUUGUUGGGGAAAGAGGUAUCUCCCUGAGUGGUGGGCAGAAAGCUCGUGUAGCUCUUGCGCGAGCAGUAUAUGCGCGAGCUGACAUCUAUCUACUCGACGACUGUUUGUCUGCCGUGGAUUCUCAUGUUGGUAGACACAUUAUCGAGAACGUAUUGGGCUCAAAUGGUCUGCUCAGUUCCAAAUGCCGAAUUCUAGCAACUAACGCCAUAUCCGUACUUCCCGAGGCAGAUUUCAUAUAUCAGAUUAAGAAUGGUGAAUUCGCCGAGAGCGGUACCUUCCGCCAACUGAUAGCUAUGAAAGGAGGGAUUGCAGAGCUCAUUAAGUCAUCAGGACAAGAAUCUAGCACUGGCUCUUCGGUUGCUACCCCAGAAGGUUCAGGGAGCGAGACGUCUACGUAUAUUGAACUCGAAAACACCCAAGACAAAGAAGAAAUGGAAGAAGCUCAAGAGGGUAUUGCUGAAUUGGCACCCAUUAGGACUGGUCCUUCUACAAGUCCUGCCGCGCAAAGACGAACGGGUAGCAUGUCAACUUUGAGACGAGCAAGUGCUGCAAGCUUUAAGGGUCCCAGGGGGAAACUUCAUGACGAAGAGGAGCCCAGUUCCAAGACGAAGCAAGCUAAAGAGCAUUUGGAACAAGGUAAAGUCAAAUGGGAUGUUUACAUCGAAUACGCCAAGACCAGCAAUCUGUUGGCUGUUUCUAUCUAUCUUUUUACCUUAGUCGCAGCACAGGCCGCACAAAUUGCUGGUAGUGUUUGGUUGAAGAAUUGGUCUGAGGUAAAUGGAAAAGCCAAAGCUAACCCUGACGUUGGAAAGUACCUGGGAAUCUAUUUUGCUUUGGGUGUCGGCUCAUCUGCCUUGGCUGUUGUUCAAACGUUGAUCCUAUGGAUAUUCUGUUCUAUCGAGGCCUCGAGAAAGCUACACGAGAGAAUGGCAACCGCUAUCUUCAGGUCGCCGAUGUCAUUCUUUGAUACCACGCCAGCAGGAAGAAUCCUAAACCGGUUCUCGAGUGACAUCUAUAAACUCGAUGAGGUUCUGGCCAGAACAUUCAACAUGCUCUUCGUAAAUCUAGCGCGCUCUGGGUUCACCCUAGUCGUCAUCUCGGUCAGCACUCCCGCCUUCAUCGCAUUAAUCAUACCGCUCAGCGCGAUAUACUACUGGGUACAGCGAUACUAUCUACGAACGUCGCGAGAAUUGAAGCGAUUGGAUAGUGUCAGCCGCAGUCCCAUUUAUGCACACUUCCAGGAGUCGCUCGGCGGUAUCAGCACGAUUCGGGCAUACCGACAACAGGACCGAUUCGAGCUAGAAAACGAGUGGCGGGUCGACUCAAACUUGCGAGCCUAUUUCCCAUCUAUCAGCUCAAACAGGUGGUUAGCAAUUCGACUAGAAUUCCUCGGGGCCAUAAUUAUUCUCGGAGCCGCAGGGUUCGCUAUCAUCUCCGUCACGAAUCACAGUAAACUGAGCGCCGGAAUGGUGGGCUUGGCCAUGUCGUACGCUCUACAGAUCACGACAUCGCUAAAUUGGAUCGUUCGCCAGACGGUGGAAGUGGAGACAAACAUUGUAUCUGUGGAACGAGUCCUCGAGUAUGCGCGCCUGCCAAGUGAAGCUCCUGAAAUCAUCCACAAACGCCGGCCUCAGGUUGCUUGGCCUGCACACGGAGCUGUCGAGUUUCACAACUUCAGUACUCGCUAUCGCCCAGGGUUGGACCUGGUGCUGAAAAACAUCAACCUGGACAUCAAAUCCCAUGAGAAAAUCGGUGUGGUGGGACGCACUGGAGCAGGCAAAUCCUCCUUGACCUUGUCCCUUUUCCGCCUUAUCGAGCCAGUCACUGGAAACAUAAGCAUCGACGACCUCAACACAUCCACGAUUGGGUUGUUAGACUUACGGCGCCGUCUUGCUAUCAUUCCUCAAGACGCGGCUCUUUUUGAGGGUACAGUUCGCGAUAACCUAGAUCCGGGCCAUGUCCAUGAUGAUACAGAGCUGUGGAGCGUACUGGAUCAUGCACGGUUGAAGGAGCAUGUGGCAGGCAUGGAAGGCGGACUUGAGGCCAAGAUCAACGAAGGAGGAUCGAAUUUGUCAGCGGGCCAGCGACAGUUAAUUUCCCUUGCUCGUGCUAUGCUCACGCCAUCCAACAUUCUUGUACUAGAUGAGGCAACCGCAGCAGUUGAUGUUGAGACGGAUGCCAUGUUGCAGAAUACGUUACGAUCCUCGCUCUUUUCCCACCGUACGAUCAUCACUGUUGCCCACCGUAUCAACACCAUCCUCGACAGCGACAGGAUAGUCGUGCUCGACAAGGGUGAGGUGGUCGAAUUCGACACGCCACAAGCACUUAUCCAAAAGAGAGGCGUGUUCUACGGUUUGGUUAAGCAAGCUGGACUGGAUACGGAGUAGUUUAUGCUUGGGUUGGAUCGAGUCUGUUUGUAGUCUCGGUUCGUUACAUACGCCGAGAGGUAGAUAUCAAGUUACCUAGGUUCUGGGUACCAAAAAGUCAAGGCAACCCAUUCAAGUGAAUGGGUUGCCUUGGUCUGUUCAUAGAGAAAAUCGGAAAAGCGACGGUAUAAUAAAAUGCUUACCUUGGAA